GGUGUAUAAGUUUCUCCAUCACCAGGAGGCCGCAAGCUGGGCUGUGUUACCACCAGGCUUGACUCUCCUUGAUUUAAACCCUCAUCCAGCCCAGUACAGGCUUUUAGUGACAAAAUCCAUCGAUGGCAACAGCAGCACAGGCUCACGCACGCAUUUCCACGCUUCCUCAUUCUCUUCGUUCUCUCAUGUCUCAACACUUCAUCGAGAUGGAUCUCCUCCCUGCACCCGCCUUGGCGCUCCCUGAAGACACAACUCCUGCAGAAUCGAGAGAGGCAACGCCCGGCACUGCCGUUUCCACCAAGCCAAGCAGUGUCUCCUCUUCCCCGUGUCCCGACUUGGAUGAGAAGCACCCUCAAAGACAGCCUUCAUCGCAACAACCCUCUGACCCUGAUGUCGCGUCAUUGGAGUCUGGCCAGUGUUUGAUUGUUCACCAGCCAGUUGCCAAGUCCCCGGCCACAACUCCGCAAAUAUUGCUUUCCCAACACUCUGAAGCCACUUCAGCUGAGCUCAACUCAAAUCAAGUCGGACAGGCGACAGCGAAUUAUCCAGAAACUCUCGAAAUUCCUGACAUUCCUGACAUUCCUGACAUCCCUGACAUCCCUGGCAUCCCUGGCAUCCCUGACAAUCCUGACAAUCCUGACAGUCCUGAUAGUCCUGAUAGUCCUGAUAGUCCUGACAGUCCUGACAGUCCUGACGCUCCGGAGACUCCUGGUACUCCUGAGCCUACAUACCCUCCCUUUGACAAUCCAUUCCAUCACACACCAUCAGAGGCCGCUAAAGAAUGGGAACGGAGGAAGCAAGAGCACGGAGAGGCCAGCGAUGUAAUUGACAAGCUCAUGUGCUUGGAAGGGCUUGAGGAAGUGAAAGACCAGUUUUUGGAUAUCAAGUCCAAGGUUGAGCUUUGCAAUGAGCAAGGCCGAAGUCUCGGUAAUGAGCGAUUUCACAUCGCCUUUCAGGGAAAUCCGGGAACGGGUAAAACGACGGUUGCUCGGCUAUACGGCGAGUUUUUGCGCUCAAUCAAAGUCGUCGGAUCCAGCAAGGUCGAGGAGACAUCAGGCGCCAAGCUCUGCACGCUGGGUGCGGGAGGCACCCUAAGCAUGCUCGAACGCAUCAUCAAAAGGCACGGGGGAGGGACCCUGUUUGUGGAUGAGGCAUACCAGCUUACUGCGCCGUAUAUGGACGGCGUGGGGCGAUCUGUUCUCGAUGUAAUCCUCACCUUCAUGGAGAACAACAUCGGCAUGUUCUCCGUGGUCUUUGUCGGCUACAAAGACGAGAUGGAAUCGCUCUACGAGCACAACCAGGGCCUCUCCAGCCGCAUUCCUCGCUGCAUGACCUUUGCCGACUUCAGCGACGCCGAGCUCUGCAAGAUACUGGUCGACAGCAUCAACAAGCAGUACAAUGGCAAGAUGCAGGUCGAAGGCGGCAUGGACGGGCUGUACAUGCGUGUCGCCAUCCGCCGCCUCGCCCAGGCCCGCGGCAGCCGUGGCUUUGGCAAUGCCCGAGACGUCCACAACUUGCUUGCCAAGAUCACGGACCGCCAAGCACGACGCAUUUCCAAUGAGCGGAGAGAAGGCAAGCAUCCGGACCCUCUGCUGUUCACUCAGGAGGACAUGAUCGGUUUCAUGCCGUCGCAAGCAGCUGCGGAGAGCCCGGCGUCGACAGAGUUGAUGAACCUUAUCGGGCUGGAAUCGGUGAAAGAGAGCGUCCAGAGCAUGAUCCGAAUGAUGCAGCUGAACUACCGCCGAGAACUGAAAGAGCUGAAGCCGCUCCAAUUCUCCUUGAACCAGCUCUUUGUCGGCGCACCGGGAACGGGGAAGACAACGGUAGCUAAGCUGUAUGGGAGUAUUCUCGCCGACAUCGGAAUUUUGAGCAAGGGUGAUGUUGUGUUGAAGACCCCGGCGGACUUUAUUGGCGAAUGCCUGGGCAAGUCGGAGGCCAAGACAAGGAAGAUUCUGGAGGCGACCGUUGGCAAGGUUUUGGUUAUCGACGAGGCCUACAUGCUCGACGCGGGUGAUGCCAACAAAGACCAGGACAAGUUCAAGACCGGAGUCAUCGACACCCUGGUUGCCAUGGUUCAAGGCGUGCCCGGUGAGGACCGCUGCAUCAUUCUCGUGGGCUACGAGGACAAGAUGAGCACAAUGUUCCAAAACGUCAACCCCGGACUGUCGCGACGCUUCCCCAUCAACAACCCCUUCCGCUUCGGAAACUUCGACCUUGCUCAGCUCCAACAAAUCAUGCGGAAGAAGAUGAUCGAGCAAGACCUCGAGGCCACGGCGGAGGCGCACGAGGCCGCUUCGGACGUCCUGGAACGGGCCCUCAUGCGCCCCAACUUCACCAAUGCAGGAGAGGUCAACGGCGUCCUGUCGGUCGCCAAGAUGCGCUACGAGCUCAGGCAGUCGGCCCUGCCCGCCAGCGAGCAGGCCUUCGACGGCAAGCUGGAGCCCCAGGACUUCGACGCGGACUUUGACCGCGGCUGCCGCGACGGGAUCGACAGCCGCCGAGAGCUCGAGGGCAGGGUGCAGGACAGCAUCAUCACAAAGCUCACGGGCUACCAGGCUCGCUCCCUGGGAGCGAGGAGGCAGGGCCUCAAGCCGAGGGAGCAAGUCCCGACAAACUUUGUGUUCAAGGGGUUCCCGGGCACCGGCAAGACCGUUACGGCCCAGCACAUGGGGAAGAUCUUCUACAACAUGGGCUUCCUGGCCACGCCGGACGUCAUCGAAGUCUCGGCCACGGACUUGCUGGGGCAGUAUGUCGGCCAGACAUGCCCCAAGACUCGGAAGGUGCUGGAGAAGGCCGUUGGCAAGGUGCUCUUCAUCGACGAAGCGUAUCGCCUGAUCUACGGCCAGUACGCCGCCGAGGCCGUCGAGGAGAUGAUCCAGUUCCUCGCCAAGCCGUCGCACGCAGGCAAGAUGGUUGUUAUUCUCGCGGGGUACAAACAGGACAUGCACACGUUGAUGAAGCUCUGGCCGGUCCUCUCCGGUCUGUUUCCUGAGGAGAUUGUCUUCGAGAACCUCACGCCCGAGGAGUGCAUCACCCUGCUUGUCCGCGAGCUGGGCCACAACAAAGUUGUCACGAAGGGCAAUUUCCUGUGCAACCCCUGCAACCAAAACUUCAUUGGGGUCGAACGGCUGUUCCACGCCCUCCAAAUCACGCCGGGCUGGGGCAACGCGCGCGACAUCAAGUACCUGGCCAAGGAGAUCCUCGGCAAGUUCCUGGAGUCUUCCGGACCCGAGCGCCAGUCGGACCGCACGGUCAGCGUGCAGCAGGUGCAGCAAUGCUUCAUGGAGCUCAUCGUCCAAAGGAGAGAUCGAUGCAUGGCACCGACCGCCAACGAAAACAUUGCCUUCUCGUCGAUGCCUCCCGUCGCGCCGACCUUUGCCGCGCCCCAGGCGGCGCCACAGCAGCCCGCGGCCGACACGUCGAUACGCACCGCGGGGGCGGCCAGCACUUCGCCGAACGUCGGCAGCGCCGUCCGCCGCAGCAGCGGCACCGCGUCCAACGGCGCGCACCACCACCACCACCACCAUGGCCAUCAGGGCCCCCUGGGAGCGGGCGGCCCCGCAGACAUCUGUGUCCGGCCCGGGGGCCGACGUGGCGCUGCGGCGGCGGCGACGCGCGAGAGCGGCGUGACCGACCCCAGCUGGACCGAGGUCCAAGCAGGGAAGACGCAGUGGCUACAGACCCAGAGGCAGCGCGAGGAUGAGAUCCGGAAACUCGAGCGGGGGCUGGCAGCGGCCGAGAAGGCGCUGGCGAGCGCCGGCGGGACCUCGGGGGGCGGAGGAGGCGGCACCGACGGCCUCAAUGCGCAGUGCGACGGGUUCCGCGACAGGCUCAGCUCCGUGCAGAGGCUGGUGCAGAACGAGGAGAGGCUUCGGGAGAAGCUGGAGCAGAUGAGCCGGUGCGUCAACGGCUACGCCUGGUAUCAGGUGGCCGGAGGGUGGAGGUGUGAAGGCGGGGCGCAUUUCGUGACGGAUCUAGAGCUUAGAGGGCAUAUGGCUUGAGUUGCCUAAGCAGUGAGCUGUCAGUGAUAGUCGUCGCGUUGGAAGGCUGGCUAUGGUGGUCGGCUCUUACCGUUGGUGUUAGAAAACUGAGGAAUACCAAGGACAGCUAGGGUGUAACGGGGUUGCUUGGAGUGUGGCUACAGGGGAAAAACAGUUCGACUGGGGCGCAACAGGGACACAGGACACAUACAUUCCAUAUUGAUCAAGAGCAACGAAAGAAAAAAACAAGAACAGCAGAGGCACACGCCCAUGUUCUGAUGUCAAAACGCUUCCCCGCGUCCGCCGGGGACUGGACCUCGUAGCCGUUGACGACUUAGCACCUGGCCGCACGGCAGCUGG